CGACUGCAGCCUCCAGCUGAGAGAUUCGUGCGGGAUGAAAACGAACCACGGCCAGUUUUAACAGCAUAAUUAUGUCGUAUCGUGUCGCCCAACCGCACAGACAUGUUUCUUCCUCUUCUUCCUGCAUCUGAGACCCAUAACAGGGCGAACACACCCCACCAGAGAGAGAGUCAGAGUUCCUCGGAGGGGCGGAGAGAACUGAAGUUACUCAACUCUGUUCUGGAAGUCGAAGCUCUCGCACUGCGUCUUCUUUACCGAACCGGAGCAGAAAAAUGUCGGGAGUGGCUUUGACUUUAGCGAAGAAGCGGGCCAGGGCCGCGGGCUUUGGGACCAACUCGAAGGCCAUCAAGUAUAUGAACCAGGACUACGAGGCGCUGAGGAGCCAGUAUCUGAGCAGCGGCCAGCUGUUCUGUGACCCCCUUUUCCCCGCCGCCCCCGAGUCGCUGGGCUUUAAGGAGCUCGGACCAAACUCGUUCAAGACGAGGGGGGUGCAGUGGAAAAGACCCGGAGAGCUGUGCUCGAAACCCCAGUUCAUCGUUGGUGGAGCCACCAGGACCGACAUCUGCCAAGGAGCUCUGGGGGACUGCUGGCUGCUAGCGGCCAUCGCCUCUCUCACUUUGAAUGAAGACGUGCUGGCCAGGGUGGUCCCCAGCAACCAGGAUUUCGGUUCUAGCUACGCCGGCAUCUUUCACUUUCAGUUCUGGCAGUUUGGUGAGUGGGUGGACGUCGUCAUCGAUGACCGGCUGCCGGUGAAGGAUGGGAAGCUGCUGUUUGUCCACUCUGAAGAGGGGAACGAGUUCUGGAGCGCCCUGCUGGAGAAGGCCUACGCUAAGGUUAACGGCUGCUAUGAGGCUCUGUCUGGAGGCUCCACCACCGAGGGCUUCGAGGACUUCACCGGCGGCAUUGCUGAGUCCUACGAGCUGAGGAAAGCUCCUGCCAACAUCUUCCAGAUCAUCCAAAAGGCCCUGGAGUCCGGAGCUCUGCUGGGCUGCUCCAUAGACAUCACGAGUGCUGCUGAUUCAGAGGCGAUCACCCGUCAGAAGCUGGUCAAGGGACACGCCUACUCUCUCACAGGAGCUGUCGAGGUGCAUUACCGCGGCGGGCUGGAAAAGCUGGUGCGGAUGAGGAACCCCUGGGGUCAGGUGGAGUGGACUGGAGCCUGGAGCGACGGCUCGUCUGAAUGGAACUACGUGGAUCCUUCAGAACGGCCGAGUGCCAGUGCAGAAGAUGGAGAAUUUUGGAUGGCGUUCUCAGAGUUCGCGCGACAGUACUCUCGCAUUGAAAUCUGCACGCUGACCCCGGACGCGAUCACCGGUGAUUCCGUCAAGCCCUGGAGCGUGUGCAACUACAGCAGCACCUGGAGGAGGGGGUCCACCGCAGGAGGCUGCAGGAACAACCCCCAAACAUUCUGGAUGAACCCUCAGUUUGUGAUAAAGCUGGACGAAGAGGAUGACGACCCCAACGACAACGAAACAGGCUGCAGCUUGGUAGUGGGGUUGAUCCAGAAGAACCGGCGACGGCUGAGAAAGGAGGGGGAGGACAUGCACACCAUCGGCUACGCCAUCUAUGAGGUGCCUCCACAGUUUCGAGGCCAGAGGGACGUGCAUCUGGAUAAGAACUUCUUCCUGACGCACGCUCAGAAGGCUCGUUCUGAAACCUUCAUCAACCUGAGAGAGGUCAGCACCAGGUUCAGGCUGCCUCCGGGAGAAUACCUCGUCGUCCCCUCCACCUUUGAGCCUAACAAGGAUGGAGACUUCUGCCUGCGUGUCUUCUCCGAGAAGCAGACCGAAACACAGCCCUGUGAUGAUCCUGUUGAUGCUAAAUUAGACAAUGAAACUGUUUCAGACAGUGAAGUGGACGCCGGCUUCAGGAGUCUGUUUGCAAAGCUUGCAGGACCUGAUAUGCUGAUUUCUGCUGCGGAGCUCAAGACGAUCUUAAACAAGAUUAUUGCGAAACGAACUGACAUUAAGACAGACGGCUUCAGCUUGGACACUUGUCGGAUCUUGGUCAAUCUCAUGGACGACAGCGGUGAUGGGAAGCUGGGCCUGGGCGAGUUCGCUACGUUGUGGAAGAAAGUGCAGAAAUACUUGGGAAUCUACAAGAAGAACGACUUGGAUAAUUCUGGGACUAUCAGCACUCCAGAGUUGCGUUUGGCACUGAAGGAAGCGGGAUUCUGCCUGAAUGAUACCAUCUUCCAGCUGUUAGUGGCACGCUAUGCUGAUUCAAACCUCACCAUUGACUUCGAUGACUUCGUGGCCUGCCUCAUGCGUCUGGAGAUGAUGUUCCGAAUGUUUAAGAAGAUUGACGCACACAACAGCGGCUCCAUAGAGGUGGACUUGACUCAGUGGCUGUGCUUAACUAUGGUCUAAAGGACGUCCUCCUGAAGACAGUGGACAAGUUAAGACACGAUUAUUGAACGUUCUCAGUUGCUUUAACAUACUUCUUGCGCUUCAUAUUUUCACAACAGUUUCACAAGCCAAAACCACACAGUGCGUCUCAAUUCAGGGGCUGCGUCCCAAUUCAGGGGCUGCGUCCUUCAGAGGCUGCAUUUGAAAUAGGACUCAUAUCCGCGACUAGGCUGUCCCAUUUCGAAGGCUCCUUCAUAUUCGGCCGAGAAAUGUGUCCUUCUUUUCCAUGGCAAUGAAGGAUCCGACGGGUGGAUCCUUCACUAGCCAACAUAUCCCGAGGCUCAUUGCGUGCCGGGGAGGAUUCAGGAAAACGGCGGCAUCAAGAGAGAAGCGAACAGCAGGUGACGAGUACACUUUUAAAUAUAAGUAUUAGGUUUAAACUGAGGCGAAGAGCUAACGAUACAAAUGUAAAAAAAGAACAAAAAAAACAAUCUCAUCCGGCGGUAAGGCAUGUCCAGCUCUAAUACAUGAAAAAAAAAGGAAAAAAUAAAUAACUGUGGCUCUGUCUUUAAAGAACUUUAAAAAACUUGGUUCAGCCUUCACGGGUCUAAGCAGCCUUUGAAGGACACGCCUUCGUAGACCGUGUCCUUCGAAGGAUCCAGCCCCCGAAUUGGGACACACUGGCUGUAAUCUUGCACAUAUGACGACGCCAUGACGUUCCAGUAUUUCUCCUGUGCUGAGUGCCUAUAGUAGUUUUGAAUAGGGAAAUAAUAGAAAUUUAAAAGGCAAGUUUCAAGUCAGACCUGUAUCUUGACCCUUGACCAGUAUUGUGUACGAGUGAUAAGAAAAUGGGUGCCACAGUGUUUGGCUGUGAUUUUAUGCAGAACCAUCUGCUGUUACAGGGGUGUGAACUGUUAUGCAAAUCAGAUGUGUUGAGAUUUGUGCCAAAGCAAUUGAGAAUAAAUGAAAACUACAUUUAUGCUGUGCUUGUAAUAGUAACUUUUUGAAAGUGAACGACACUUUGUAUUCGGUUUGUUCAAAACAAUCUGUAUUGUGAUAUUUUAACAUUGAUGUGAUUUUAUCAUAUUGUAAUUAUGAUAAUGAGAAAAGCCCUUGUAACUAACCUAGGGAGUUCUUGUACUCAAUUCAGGUGGUCUUGGAGUUAGGAGCUUCCAAGUGGAACAUGUGCAAUGGUCUUCUCAGGCUGAAGGUCGAAUAAUUAUGGUGAAAAAUGUCAUUCCAGUAAUUUAGAGAAGGCUUGAUACAAUGGAAGUGCUGCCAUAGCUGCUACUGAGGGAUUAAGAUCUGUUUCUGGUGAAAUCGUACCAAAUCUGACAUUGGCCAACUUUACCUUCUCGCUGUUUACUUUUGAUUAAAAGUGCAUGGUUUUGUUAUGGAUUUUGUUUUUCAAAUGGUGUGUGGGUGUGUAGAGGUGCUCUUUUCCAGAGGUAGCAGGAAGUCUUACUGUCCUUUAACCACUAUGCAAUGUAAUGAUGUAUUAAUGCAUUCUGGUUUAAGAACCAUUAAACAUUUUUUAUUCUGUCA